AUGGGGAAACUUCCGACAACACUCCUCCGGCGGCCGUCCCUGGGCGGCUGCUUGACCUCUGUCUCCCCUUCCCAUUCCGCCUCCGCGUCUCUAGCAUCACGACACACAACCGUUCUUGCACCGGGGCCAAUACCAUCCGCCGCACGACACCAACAAGUCCGACACGCGACCUUUGUGCCGCGGUCCCGCCGGCCGUACCAAUUCACGCAGCUGGUCCAGCUGAGCGAUGGCUCAACCUACACCAUGCGCACGACGUCGCCAAUAGCACUGUACAAGUCAGGCAAGGAUAGCCGGAACCAUCUGCUGUGGCAGCCGACCGAGAAAUCGCUGCGCAACGUCGAGGUGGACGAGGCCGGGAAGCUGGCGGCGUUCCGUGAUCGCUUCGGUUCCGGAUGGGAUGCGGAUGUGCCGCCAGCUGAGGCCGCUGAUGUUGCCCCCAAGGAUGGAGACAAGGCCGCUGCUGGGGGGGCGGAGGGCAAGAAGACGCCAGCCGAGCCAGAAGCCGACCCGUUCGACUCGCUUGUUGAUCUUAUCAGCGCUUACGCUACCGAGGAUAAAAAUAUUAAGGGUGGACUGAGCGCCAAGGACCAGGCAAAGAAGGAUAAGAAGAAAAAAUAG